UAGUGUAUAGAUGCACCAUGCAACAGACCUGCAUACACCGAAAAAAGACUCAGGGUAACAUGUUCAUGCUUCAGAUUUACGGGGACUCAGAUAUCUACACACAGAGUUAGAGUAACAUGUCCAGGGUUGAGAUUUAUGGGACCACCGACCUUCGCACUCGGCUGAGAGAGCUGCGCACCGACAUCGCCAUGGCCGUAGACGACCCCUUCCCCCUGGUGCACGGCCUGGCUGAUAGAAACAUCAUCACUGAGCAGCUGCUCAAGGACACGAUGGUGAGCCAGGGGAAGACCGGGGUGCACAGGGCCAUGUACUCCCUGGUGUCCUGGGUCCUGCUUCAGGGUCGACCCAUCCUCCGGGCCUUCUGGAGCAGUCUUACCAAGGACUACAACAUGGAGAGCUACCCCAAGCUACACUGCCUGCUCACCAGGGAGCCUGCACGUGUAAAUGUGGGAAAAUACAGAUGUGUGAAAAGGUCUACCGAAGGCUCCAGGGAACAUCACCACGUAAAGCGGAACGGUGCAGACAGAAAGAAGACCUCCAACACACACUAUGUAGAACACAACUCUAAGAAGAAGAAAGAGGACAAAUUAAAGUCACAAAAAACAAAAAGUAUCAAAGCACAGAUGGCUCCAGUACUAGCGGCCAAAGGUGGGAGGGCAGUGACGCCGGACCUGAGAACCGUCCCUCCCUUCUCCAUACGCUCCUCUUCCUCUACUAGGAACGUACCGGAGAGUCAGGAGGCAAGGGAGGAGGCCCCCAGGAGCCAGGUCCCCAACGAAAGUGCCAAAAUGUGCAUUGGAGUCGCAAGUCAGGAUUACUCCUCUGUGCUCGAGGAAGACAAUGGACCCCAAAAGGUCUGUGUGGCAACGACUCUGGUUCACCACACGAGGGCGACAAACACCAACAUUACAGAGCUUCACCUUAACGAUGAUGAGUGCGCCGUGUGUAAAGACGGCGGGGAGUUGAUUUGCUGUGACGGCUGUCCCAGAGCCUUCCACCUAGGCUGCCUACAGCCUCCACUCGCAUCAAUAGCGAGGUACGGGGUCCGGUGGGGCUCUAGCGGGACUUGGGAAUGUCAGUGGUGCCAUGGCAACAAGCUGAAAAUGGAGACUGGCAAGGCCCCUUAUCAGUGUGUCUGUGUGUGUGUCCAGUUUUCAGGCGGGGUUGAUGGUGCUGUGUGCGGUGUUUGCCUCCUGACUGGAGGCCAGCUAAGCCAAUGUCCUCAGUGCCUGCGAUGCUACCACCUCCAAUGUCACUUCAACAAGGAGAGGUCUGUCUGCUUAUCCUGCAUCCUUCUCUCAAACCAACACCCAGAGGAAAGGCCUGAGUCUGGGGCUGCAGGGUUGCAGGUGGUUCAACCACUAAAUGUGCAGAACUUCUCUUUCCUUGAUUCCAUCAUCCAGAGGGAGGAAGUUGACUGUAUCAUCGGAGAGGAAUCCAUGGAUGGGCUCCUGCAGUGGGCCUUUCACAGUGUCCCCUGGCCCCUGGCUGACUCGCAGGGGCCCUACCAGCUAGGGGGAGACACCAGGCUCCUGCCUGACUCUCAGGGGCCCUCCCAGCUAGGGGGAGACACCAGCGGGCCCCUGCCUGACUCUCGGGGGCUUUCAGAGAUAGGGGUAGUUACAAGCAGGCCCCUACCUGACUCUCAGGGCCCCUACCGAGUUAAUACCAGCAACACCCAGCAUGGUAUGGAAAACCCUCUCAUAUAGCUUCAGAGUUACAUGUAUAUUCUCUCUUCUCUAUUUUAAUUAUUAAUUUCCUAGUUGUAGCAUUAGCGGGGUUUUGAUUAUGUUUUCUUUAACAUGCAUGUUUGCUGUGAUUGUUUGAGUUUUGGUGUGUCCAGUUAUGGCGUGUCGCCUGUUGAAUGUGGUUGACUAGUUGAUUAAACAAUGAAUGAAGCUGUUCUAAUGGCCGACUGUAGAUUCACUUUUAAUGCACUUGCUUAAAUGAGGAACAGCCCGUUCUUCCCUAUCUCUAUUAUACGUAUUAUAGCAACGCUUUUGGAGGAAACCUGUGACUUCCGCUAUCGCUCUGGAACAAAAUCGGAAUCCUUGCAGCACUUAAUUUACACCUGAUGUUUUUUUUCAAAACAGAGAUAACGUUUUGUCUAGACGUUUGUCUAAGCCAUCUAUCAUUCCUCUAAUCCCCUUUUUCUUUGAAUCUAUCAUUCAGCUCCUUCUUGUGAGCUUCCCUUGCUUGGCACCUUUUGCAGCAUCUCGAGUGAAAAAUCAGUUUUACCAGAUUUGCGCUCUCACUCCCUUUGGAUUCUGACAGCC